CGGAAGUCUACUCGAAAAGUUAGUUGGGAAACAACAACGAUGAAGACUCAAUUAGUUUCCAUUUUAUUCAGUGUGCUGCUCUGCUCCACUCUUGCUCACGAAUAUCGUUAUGCAAGAGACCUGUCUUCACACCAUCAAAAACAGCACGAAAAACACCACCAUGUUUCCCAAUCAAGAACAGCGUCCGACCAAUGUCAAAUUCAAUGUUCUCUCCCACCCACAACCGUCCCUCCAGGGGGAUUACAGCUUUACAUCAACGCAACCUUGGGCAUAGUUGCCGUGGUUAACCAAACCGCAUCAUUAGCCCUGGUGUUAAACAUCAACGAAAACAUCACUCUUCUGGUCAACGGGAAGACCGGUGCUGCUAUUGCUAUCGACAUCCAAGCCAGCACUGGAGUGCUCAUCAACGCUGGAGUCUCCACUCUUGUUUGGGUGGCAGCCACUGCUGAUUUUGCCGUAUGGUUCUCAUCUGUAUCGUCGCUUAAAGUAUUCCUGCAGAUUUCCGGCGCCAUUUCUUUCUCCGUUAGCUCCGCUAGCAACGCUGUGUUAACCCUUGCAGCUACCAUCGUAGCCGGCCUUUCAGGAGGAGUCACAGUCUCUGUUUCCGAGGGGCUGAAACUAUCGCUAACCCUUUCGAAAUCUUUGGUCGCUUCGUUGAAAGUCGUCCUCCAAAUAGUCGGUGUCUACAAAGUGAUAGUCCUCAAGAGUUCCCUGAUUGUAUUGGCUAACGUUUUGGCGUCUGUAGCUUCAAUCGCAGCUGGUUGCUCUGGAGGUGUAGCUGCUUUGGUGGCCGCCGGUGUCCAAAUCAAGCUCGACAUCGUCCUGGGAGCGGUAUCCGGCACGCAAAUCCUCGUGGUGAUCCUGGUUGACAUUCUUGCGAAGGUAUCCGUAGAGGUAAUCGCUCCAAUCUUGGUUAAUGUUGAAGCUGUUGUCCUCCUGAUUGCCCAACUUGGCGGCAGUGUGGUGUCGGGGACAAUCGACGGCGCUUUCAACGUACUGGCUCAAAUCGUUCUUCUGGCGCAAAAGAAAAUCUCCCUCGACGUUUUCAUCAACAUCGCCUUGCAGUUCGCCGUAUCUUUGUCCGGUUCGCUGAACUUAUCGGCGGAAAUAUCCAUCGUUAAAGAUUUGGUUGCCCAAAUCGGCGGAAAUGGAACCGCCAGCGCUGCCCUUACUACCUUGAUUCAGGGCAUCGAACAAAAAACAUUGAAACUCUCCGGUGUCUCCUGCGGUUGGUUCAUUUCUUACUGUUCUGGAGGGAGCCAAAGCGCCUUACAAUUCAUAGUCCAGUUACUAGUUGCCAUUACCGUCAUUGUAGACAUCUCUAUAUCCAUCCCAACUCUUUUCUUGCACCUAAUCGGUCUGCUGAGCACUUCUCUCGGAAAAGCCCUCAUCGUCAAGGUGAUUCCAGCCCUUGGAACCAUCUCCGCCAACCUUUGGGCCAACUUCAACGUAUUCUCGAUUCUAUCCGCCCUCAUAGGAGGCUGGGAAGGUGUAAUCAAAAUAAUCCCAUACGUUGGUACCAUUUACUCCUCUCUCAGCGUUUGUGUGAGCGCAGCCGUCUCCGGAAAAUCCCUAUGGUCCCUCAUAAGCGCUAGCGGAUCAAUCCUGGUUUACAUCCAGUCGUGGAUCGCAGCCCAGUUUACAACCAUCGUAAUUCCCGGCGUCUCUAGUAAUGCUACUGCUGGCAACACCGCGGCCGGCUCCUGCUUGGCUGAGGUAUCCGGUGGAGUCGUCAUCAGUGCACAAGUAUCCGGAGGAUUCAGCUUGUCGGCUGGCUCAUAAGAUAAACGCUAUGUAUUUUACUCCCUUUAGUAUUAACUUUUAAAUGACAUCAAUCACAUGUACCUAAAUAAACAAUUAAUUUAACAA